AUGUUAGGUUUGUACACUGUGGGAAUUGGUGAGUCUCGUGGUUCUAUCAAGCAUCAGUCAGUGGGUUGCAAUGCACUCGUACAGAACUCCGGUUCAUUCAACGUCACCUCAACUACCUCUGAAGCUGUGCGCCAAGCCAACGGACAUAGCGAAUCUGUGAUACUUUUUCUUCAUCACCCUCUUCUCCCUCUUGUGCUUACUCUCUCCUCCUCUGAAUUCAGUCUCUGGCACAUUCCUCUGUGCUCUCCUAGUCCUCUCUCGGCUCAUUUUUCUCCCUCAUUGAGAAAGUUUGGCCAAUUCAUCAAUCAUAGUGAAACAAAAUUCCUUCGAUCAGCUGCAUUCUUUCCCUGUAUUAUCACACCUCCAAUUACUCCAACGUCCAAUGCUAAGAUGCUUCAGCUCCCCCUUAGCGUCGUUGUCAUCGAAUCAAACUCAGACAUUGGACUCUUCUGCAUAGAUACAACAGGCAUUAUCAGGGCAUCAGACGAGUUACCAGAAGCUGUCUCCUUGGGAAACGAAACGACAUCUUUGCUCUUUGUUAUUCAAUCUCCUAGUUUCUUGAUCGAUUCGACGUCUUCCACCUUCCUUAUCAUACGAGCACUCUCUGUCAAACAAACGAAUGGAUUAACAGUUUGUCGAAUGGAGGUUUGGCGAGUUGAAUUGAACCCUGAUCGACUAAUAAGUGGGAUACCCAGUGGUAUCGAGCCUCUUGUAAUUCGUCAAAGAUCCAAUGCCUCUUUUGUGCGUUCAAUUGCUAAGAUAAGUGAUGAAAUACUGCCCAUGGAACCAGGAGUAUCGGUGCAGUGCGUUAAACGCGGUCCUCCUCCAAUAAUUUGGUCAAAUGAGUUUAUGCAGCCCCCAUAUCUCAUGGCUAUGUCAUGUUCUGAUGGUGGUGUUCGCUUUUGGACUCUCGAACCGGCUACAAGCAAUGGUAAAACUUCCUCCUCAGGCACUUCUGUCGAAUCCAACUCUUCCUCAGUUUCACCCCCGACAAUUAUUGGAGUGGAUGAAUUUGGGACAAUUCCAUCUGGUACAGGCCACGCAAAUCAGUUUCGUCAGGCUCUUUUAGAAUUCCUUGAAACAGAGGAUUGGGAAGAAUUAGAUAUGGUCCUUUUGGAGGAUGAAGUUAAAGGAGAACGCGAACAGCAAUCGGUGAUCGGGGUUGAAAAUAGGACAUCGAAUGAGCCUUUUCCGAAUAUGGAAAUCUCCCCCCUUCCACUCUAUAUAUUGGCUGCCUUAGAUGCUUUGAAGAUUGAAAAAUCCAAAGCUCACAAAAACGAGAUCGAGCAACUGACACAAGAUUCUGCAGCUUCUCUAGAUGAAAUCGACCCUGGUUUUUUGCUGAAGAAAUGGGAAUCAUCUGUAGAGAAAUUGGGCUAUCUUUCAAAUGGUGUUCCUUCCAAUCCCCACUGGGACCCCAAAGAUCAAAAUGCUCUCUCCAGUCUAAUGCAAUUUGGCAAAACUGAGGCUGACGAAGUAAAUUCUUACAGAUUGAGUCGAUAUCGCCUUCCUGGACUAUCUCAAUCAGAUCAGAUCUACCUCCGAGGAAUCGUCUUUUUAAUGUCGAGCACAGAGAAAGGCGUGAUGGAACGUCUAUCUGGACAAGGAGCUAAUGUUCAGGACUAUGACAAAUCGAGUAUUCUGGGUGCCGAUGAUUGUGGACUAAGAUUUAUUAUGACUAUGAAACUUUAUGACUACCUCUGCAAGAACCUACCUCUCGAAGAACGCUCGAAAAUGCUUGAGUAUGGCUUGACAAGCAGGAGCUUUGCUUGGGCCUUCCACUCGGAAUCUGAAGAGAAGCUUUUCAGCGUUCUUCCCUCUCAAAGGCGCGCAAAGAGCGGUUCGAAUCUCACUUGGGAAGAAUUUCGUCGAUACGGCUGUACGUGGUGGAUUCACAGUGAUCAUCUUCUACUACUUUGUGCUGAAAAGAUGGCUCGCGCAGCAUUCUCAGCUUCUAAAGACCCCAUGAGCGCGGCACUUUUCUAUCUCUCGAUGAAUAAGCCUACCAUAUUGGCUAGUCUCUACAGAACUCUGGGCAAUCGUACUCGCGAGAAUUUCUUCCGUUCGGAUUUCACGCCUGGUUCCCCCGCUUGCAGGCAGGCCAAGAUGAACGCCUUCCGUCUUCUCAGUCAACACAAGUACCCAGAGGCUGCAGCACUUUUCAUUAUUGGUGAUUGGCUCGAAGACGCCAUUAGAGUAUGUAUUUAUACUCUUAAGGAUCUCCAGUUAGCUGUCUUCGUUUGCAGGUUGUACUCCUUGAGUCAUGGGACAAAAGAAGGCGAGGAGUCGGCUUAUCAACAGAUUUUGAGGAGCCAUGUCAUCUGUCAUGAGGAUCCCUAUCUUCGAAGUAUCGGCUACUGGACUUUGUCCGAGCCACUAAAUGCACUAACAACACUGAUGAUGAAGCCAGAAGAAAAGCCUGAAGACAGCACGAUCCUUUUCAAGUCUUCUCCCUCCAUGAUAAAGUGCCCUCACUACUUUGAGGUUGAGAUUUGUCCAUCAGUGUUUCGCCUUUAUACCUUCCUUCGGUCCCAUCCUCUCGUAAGUGAAAAUCUCCGGUCGGAGAUUAAACAGGAGGCAUGCAACAAGCUUCGCAAUAAGCUAGCUCUUCUCGAUCGGCGUCUGUAUUUCCGAACUGCAUAUCAUUACAGCACAAUCGGAUGCCCUACUCUUUCUCUUGCAGUUCUUCGUGAAUUACCCCAAUUGCAGAUACCGCAUCCCCCAUCGAAUAGUAAUGAUAAUAAUAGGGUGGUUGAGGUUGGUGGGUCGAAAUCGCCAACCGUGCCAACUCCAGUAGAGGAGGAAGUGACUUUCUCUUUUUUCGAUACUUCUCCUCUUGAUGCAAUGAAGUACUUGGACAUGACGGAAUUCAAGCUGUCUUUCAGUGAUGAUGAAAUCAAUAAGAAUGGGAAAAAAUCGACUCUCACUGGAAAUGGAGGUGAAUAUGAAGGAAUCAACCCUCUACACAGUGAAGAACUAGAAUUUGAAAAUGUGGUUACAACAGGAGGAAUUGCAAUCCAGAGUCAAAUUAAGUACUGGGCCUGUCUUCGCAUCUUCACGGAAGAAUUAUGCUCCACUUUCCUCGCUUCUUCGUCUGAGGGUAGUAGUCUGAAACGUCUCCUCUAUACCUGGCUCCAUAAUGAGAUUUUGCAACUAGAGAAGAUUUCUUCUUCUUCGUUUGAUGAAUCUCCAACUUCUGAAGGAUCAGAUAUAGAUCAACCGCGCUCCUCUUGGCCCCUCAUCUUUGACUCUUAUGGCAUUGACAAAUCUCUUCUGUUACCUAUCGAUUUUGAAGGUUCUGGACAUGCAGGAGGAUUUUCAAUUGCCCCUAAUCGAGAGCAAAAACCAAUUGAAGAGGAUGAAAAUAACUUUUCUCUUCGUCUAGUGAAAAAUUUCGAAUUUGUGCGGAGUCUAGUCACAUUCUGUUGUCUUCACGGCGAGAGUGGAGUUAACCUCCGUGUCAUUCGCAUGGAAUUAACGCAUCUGCUUAUGGAUAUAUACAAUAGUAUUUCAGGCGAUGUGGAUUAUUCCCCUCACGGUUACUUGAUUCGUUCUCUGCCCUUGUUUCGCAACUCAUACCUUAAUGCGCCUCUCAUCUGCCCCCCACUUGAUCUCAUCAAGACUAUGGUUAAUGAUAUAAGUACUUGCAUUCUCGAAUUGCCCCCUCCUUAUACGAAAUUCAUCCUCAAUACUCCGUUGUCAUUUUUGGCAUCCGAUGGUAAAGUGGAAAAACAGUUUUCUGUUAACGAAUACCCAGAGGCUUCGAUUAGUCAUCGAAUAGCAUUGCUUCGGAACCUCUGCAUGGCUCUCUCUGCUUGUGUUUUCCAAAGUCUUUCAACAGCCAGUUGGAGAACUGAUCUAGUUCAAGGGAAUGCUGGGUUGGCAAUUGCCAUUGGUCAAUCAAGUGAUCUCACAGCUGAACACUUUGUCAAAUUUGGAAAAUCCUUCCUUCCAAAUUCUGAACCAUCUGAGUGGCCAGGUGUGCCGGGACUUUUCGCUGCGAAUGACGGCUCUUUCGCAUCCUCCUCCUCCAUUCUCAAGGGUGUCCUUGUGGAGGCCCUCGUGGCCGUCUAUACGGGUCUCUGUGUUUGUGCACUCUACAUUCGUGACGCUUCUGUGCUCUAUCGUUUGGUGAACAAUGCCUCACUGGGGGAUCCCUCAACUUGGAGCCAUUGUUUCGGUGGCGUCUGUCGACUCAAACCCCUAAGACCACCUCCCCCUCUACGUGAAGCUGUUUGUACUCCGAGACGUCCCUCACCUUCUCCACCUCCCAGACCCACAUCGUAA